AUGGCAGAUGUAGAACAGCCCGCGGCUCAAGAUGAAGGAUCGCCAGCCCUUUCUCAAGCUGAAAAUGAAGAUCAGCCAAAUGUAACAAAUCAUGAGGAACAAGCUAAGGAAGAAGCUCAAGUCAUCAAACCUUUGGUAACAGUAAGACCAGAUAGUGAUGAACCAGUGGUAGACAAUCAAGUACAGCCGGAGGAAGAAGAAACGCCAAAAAUAGAGAUGGAAUCCCAGGGUGCAAGCAAGAAGGUUAUUGAUAUUGAAGCUGAAGGACAAGUGGAUGGCACCCCUUUGUACGAGUAUGAUAUAGAUGAUAGUGAAAAACCAUGGAGGAAGCCAGGUGCUGAUAUUACUGACUACUUUAAUUACGGAUUUAAUGAAGAAGUUUGGAAGCAAUAUUGCGAGAAGCAACGCAAAUUGAGGGCAGAGAUUGCAAAUGGAUUAUAUAAUCCACCACCAAAAGGAUCAUUGCCAUCAAUACAUAAGAGUGAACUUAAUACUCAAGCUGCUAAGACUGAUGCAGUGAGUGCGACUGCAGGAAAGCGACUUCCCAACAAAGCUGGACCGCCUCCAGAUAGGAAAACAGAGGGAGCUAUCGCUGUUAUUGGAGUCGCUGACAGCCGACGCAGACUGGAUGAGUUACCUGCAACAUCGGAAAUAAACAUUCCCCAGAGGGACACGAAUAAAAAUAAUUCUAGCCAAUCUCGACAAUCGCAAUCCAACGUAGGUCCUGGUAUGGUACAGGUAAAUACUAGUAUUCCACCGCCUAUGAUGAGUGGCCAGCAAUUUUCUCAGCCAGCAAAUCAAGCCAAUUCGGCUAGUGGUCCAAUCAUGAAUAAUCAUCCCAAUCCAGCCCCUCCUGUGCAGCAGUUUCUCGUUCCUCCACUUAGUCAUAACUUACCACCACCCAAUAUGCAACUUCCGCCACCCAUUCCAAAUCCACCUCCAAUGGUUGUACCAGGAUUUAAUGCUAUGCAAGGUGAAGGAAUACCUCCGGCUGGCUUUCAUAAUAUGAAUAUGCCUCCAGUUGGUAUGGGUAGAGGCCGUGGAAGAGGUGGUAUGGGUAUCCCGGGAAUGGGCCUACCCGGUCAAGGUCCAGGUGAAUUCCAACCAGGAAUGGAAGAUAGACCUUUUUUUGCCGGCUCAGGUCAGGCGACUUCACCUGAUAUUUGGCCUCCUAAUCAAGAAUUCCCUCAAGGCUUUAACCCAGAGUCGAGAGGUCAUAGCUCUGUUUCCGAUAGUGAAAAUUCUAGUGAAAGCUAUGAAUAUGAACACCCUAGAAGUAGUAAAGAAAAGAGUAGUAAACGGCGUGAACGAGGACGCGAUCGAGAUCAUCGAGAACACAGAGAUCGUGAUCGUGAUCAUAGUGACCGGCACCGAGAACGACAUCGAGAUAGAGAGCAUAGAGAUCACGAUAGAGAUAGGAAGCAUAGAGAGCGAGACAGAGAUAGAAGAGAUCAUGAUCGAGAUAGGAGAGAGGACCGGCGCAAGAGAGAUGAUCGAAAUACUAAGGAAGAUAAGAAAAGGAGACGCCAUAGUGCUGGUUCUAGUGAUGGAGAAACUCCACGUCGACCCAGCAAACAUUCAAAAGAUAGAGAGGAAGCGAUUGCAGAUGAAGAUGUCAACGCAUCAUAA